AUGCACACUGGUAAUUCAUAUAACAGUACAGGAAAUAGUAAUCUGGAUACUCCUAGUUCAUGGGAUGAAGCACCAACUAAUACCAAUGAUAAUACUAAUCAAGAUUGGCCACCAGCAUUACUGCAAUAUGUUACAGUUUGUUUUAAUAGGUCAAGCACAUUGUCUGAACGUGACAAAGUGUUGUUUAACCGUCAAUUACAAAGUUUGAUUGAAACUGCAGUGGAUGAUAAUUUAAUCUGGACCAAUGAUUGGAGCAAGCAGAAGUUGCCUAUUUUGGAUGGAGAGCAUAUUACUUUGGAGUUAGAGAAGCAGAAGAAAAAGUCAAAAACAAGCUCCAAGCCAAUCAAAAAAGAAUCUAAUGACUCGUUAUCCAAAUCUCCUUCUGUUAACACUUUAGGAGACUUUGAUUCAAAUGAAAGAAAACGUCAAAGGAUGGAAAGAUUUAAUGAUAACAAUAGUAGUACACCCAGCGUAUCUACACCUAUUUCUAAGGCUGGUUCAGUAAUUGGUAGAUGUACUGAUUUAGAAAAAAGUUAUCUUCGAUUAACUUCGGAACCCGAUCCCAAUAGAGUUCGUAAUCAACAAGUAUUACAAAAGAGUUUGAAAUUUGUCCAGGAGAAAUAUUUACAAACAAAGAAUUAUUCAUAUGCCCUUGAUCAAUUCCGAUCUAUUAGACAAGACUUAAUGGUUCAGAAUAUCAAGAAUGAUUUCACCAUAGUUGUUUAUGAAACAAAUGCAAAAAUCUCGUUAGAAAAUGAUGAUUUAGGACAAUUCAAUCAAUGUCAAUCACAAUUGAAAUAUCUUUAUCACUUGACUAGAAAGAAUAAUUCAGCAUUUACUAAAAGAUUUUUCCGUUUGGAAGUGGAAUUCCUUAUGUAUCAAGUGGUUUAUAUGAUGAUUACAUUCAAUGUCAGUGAAAUAUUUCGAAUUAAAAUGGGCAUAUUGCAACAAUUUAGUGAUUUUCGAACUACAGAUCGGGAAAUGACUUUAUUCAAAUUUAUACAAACAUUGUUUCAAUGUCAAGUAUACAUCACCACGGGAAACUACUUACGAUUCUUUGAUUCACUAAAUCAAUUUGAACAAGAGCAAGAUAUCAAAUUAGCGUUAGCAGUGUUGAAAAAACAUUUAUAUCAGAAAUUCAGAGUAAAGUCUAUGUCUAUCAUAACUCAAUCAUUUAGGAAUUACCCCGUGAAGGUAUUGACUGAUUGUUUAGGAUUCUCAAACUAUACCGAGUGUUUUGAGUUUUUAGAGCUGAUUGGAUUGAAAGAUUAUGUCACUGCCAGUGAUGAUAAUGGCCAACUUGAAUGUCAUAAAUGUAAGCAUUUAGUUGUGGCAAUGAUGCAAAAAUCUAAUUUUAAGAAAGUUGAUAUCAAGGGACAAAUUUAG